AUGUCGAAUCGAAUGUCCCUCUUCAGCAUGAACUCCGACUCUCAUCGCCCUUCUCACCUCGGAGCUGGUCCCCAGACCGCACAGGUCUCUACCACCACCCUCCUCAACGCCAUCCACAAUAUCUACCUCUCCUCUCAACCCCACGAGCUCGAGUCCAGCACCAGUCUCGUCGUCAACACCUGGCUCACGGCCGUCCAGGCUGGUCCCACUGUUGAUGUGGCCCUCGCCGCUCGCGCUUGGGAGCACGCCAGGCGUCGUGCCGAGGAUGGCUGCAUCAUCUUGGGGGGCAUGCUCGAUCUGACAAUUCUUUCACCCAGAUCCCUCCACGAGUCUACGCCAUCUCUCCUCGUUCCCUUCAUCUCAAAGUUACCCUUUGCCGUUCCCCAGACCGUCUUCAAGUCCCUCGAGGCCAUCCGUCCCUUCUUGCGAUGUGUCACACCCCACAACCCGUCCCUUCCUCGAGAGGUCGCUCUCAGCGUAGCAUUCACCCUCCACCUGGAUGGCAGGUUCUCUGAUGCUUCCCUGGCCCUCUCCCAGGGCGGGAUAGACACCAAGAACGGCCUGCUCGACAUCCCCGCAGAGGCCGGCUACCGCGGCUUCGACGUCUUUUACUACCUCCUCACGGCUGCCUCGACCCCGGCUGAGAGGGAGUUCCUCGGCCUUAAGAACCCCUCGCAGUACACCCUGCUCGCCCGCUCCGGCACAUAUGAGAACCCAUCUUACCUCCCCACGGCCGACGAUGCUGCUGCUGCCGACGACUUCCGCCAGGCUCUCAAGGAUAUUGGUAUCAGGGGUGCCGCACACCGAAAUUUCAUCUCGGUCCUGGCCGGUCUGCUCAAGCUCGGCAACACCCUCGACUAUGACCUUGAUUCGGAUGCCCUCGACGAGAUUUGCGAGGAUGUCGGCGCUCUGCUCGACAUGGAGCCCGAUGUGCUCAUCAACCAGUGUAGCACCGAGGACCGCCGCACCCUUGUCGGUGGUCUUUACGAGUCCCUCGUCGACUGGGUCAUCUCCAAGGCCAACGAGGCCAUUGCUGCCCAGUCCGCACGCAUCAGGGACGGUCAGGAGCCUCUGGAUGGCCAGAACUCGGGCUCUUCUAUCGAUGGUGACAGCAACGACACCGUAUGUCUGACCGUUGUCGAGAUCCCCUCGCCUACUCUGGGCAAGGCUCUGUCCAUGCGCAAUGUCUUUGACGAUACCGAGGGCAUCAAUGCCGAGACCAUCCAGGACGGUCUCGAUGUCUUCCCCGCCGGCACCUCGGUACUCAAGGAGAUGCAGCAGGCCGUCUCCGAAGUCGCCCCCGAUCUGGGUAUUAUGAACGGCCCCGAGGGGCGACAGAGGACUCACGACCUGGAGAAGAGGGAGGAGGUUCUCGAAAAGGUAGCCUAUGCUGCCGACGAAGACGCCUUUGUCCGGAAGCUGUUGUUCCCCAUCCCGGGUGAGGGUAUCAACCUUGGCAGGGCUGGUCGCUUCGACCUUCCCAACUUAAUCGCCUCGAACCGCAUAUGGUACCACCUCUCCAUCCACCCCACCGACGACUCCGUCAGCAACCUUGCCAACCUCCCUUCUGCCACCUCAGCCUGGUCCGCAGGCUCCGUCUCGCGUCAGCUACGUUCGUGGAGGCUCCCUGAGUGGGCCAACCGACGUAACCGCCACCUCGACUUCACGGCCGACUUUGACAUUGAUGAGUUCGUCAAGAGGUACGAAUCCCUCGGCUGCCUCGAGGGCAAGGACGGCAUCGAGAGCUGGGUCCUCGAGCGUGGUUGGAGUAACGGAGAGGUCUUUGUCGGCAAGGAGCGCGUAUGGAUCCGCGAGGGAGCUUGGUGGGAGGCUGAGAGCAGCCUCGACCUGAAGCCGGGAUUUGGUGCUACUCCAGAGAACCCCUUCAACUCCGGCUUCGACACCGGAUAUUCGGCCAACGGGAGCGGCUACUUCCCGGGACCGCCCCUGACCGAUAACGGCUACGACAUCGGCCCUGGUGCCGGCGCACCCGGUGCUAACUAUGCCGCCAGCCGAAACAUUAGCCAGGGCAACCUAAGCGUGAUGGCCAGGAGCCUAAAGAACGCGGCGCCAUCUGUGGCGCCCAGCGCGACCCUACAAGUUCCCGGUGACUACGGUCUCGGCACCAAGGGUGACUCGUACAAGAAUGAGAUCUACUACAACGAGGCCGGUGAUUUCACCGGUCUCAUCGACCCCGAGUUGGCCAAGAACAAGGAGUUUGAGACCAAGCACGUAGACGCUGGCCGACGCGCCUGGGUCGGUUUCGUUUGGGCCGUCACCUUUUUCAUCCCGUCGUUUGCCCUCCGCUGGUUGGGCCGCAUGAGGCGUCCUGACGUCCGCAUGGCCUGGCGCGAGAAGUUCGUCUUGUUCCUGCUCAUCGUCUUCCUCAACGCCCUCGUCAUCUUCUGGAUCGUUGGCAUAGGCAAAAUCCUGUGCCCCAACUUUGACAAGGCCUGGUCGAGCGCCCAGGUCGCAAACCACCAGGGAGACAAGUCGUACUGGGUCAGCAUCCGCGGCAAGGUCUAUGAUCUCGACAAGUUCUGGAAGCGCCAGCAUAGCGACACGGCCAUCGAAACGACCACCUCCAACAUGUCGCCCCUGGCCGGUCUGGACCUGGACGAGUACUUCCCCAUGCCGCUCAACGUGGCAUGCCCGGGUCUCGGCAUCGACAAGACUGUCCAGCUGACGGCCAACCUCACCAACCAGCCCCAGUACGGCAACGCCGUCCACAAGUCGGGCUACUUCUCCACCGACCCCACCAGCAACCUCGCCAACGACCAGUGGUACUGGGAGACGUUUGAACCCGCCAUCAAGGAGUUCUACAAGGGCGACCUUGUAUUCAAGACCAAGAAGGUCAAGAAACAGGGCCAGGACGAGAACCGCAUGUGGGCCAGGUACGGCGAGAAGAUCUACGACCUGACCGACUACUUCUACAACAAGGAUGACCUGCAACCCGACGUGGACACGAUGGCCUUCCUCAACUCCAAAGUGACGGAUCUGUGGUCCGACAACGCCGGCCUGAACAUCAAGAGCAAGUUGGACGACCUCAUCAAGGACUCAGCCUCGAACGCGACCGAGCAUGCCCACAUCGUCAACAGCUGGAACUGCAUCCAGACGGUGUGGUACAAGGGCAUGACCGACUUCCGCGACUCGCCCCGGUGCACCGUCAACAACUGGUUCUUGCUGUCCUUUGCCAUCGUCAUGUGCUCCAUCAUCCUGGUCAAGUUCGUGGCGGCCCUGCAGUUCGGGUCCAAGCGCCGUCCGACACAGCAGGACAAGUUCGUCAUCUGCCAGGUGCCCGCGUAUACGGAGGGUGAGGAGUCGCUGCGUAAGGCCAUCGACUCCCUCACGGCUCUGCAGUACGACAACAAACGCAAACUGAUCUGCAUCAUCUGCGACGGCAUCGUCGUCGGAGAAGGAAACGACCGCCCCACGCCCAAGAUCGCCCUCGACAUCCUCGGCGUCGACCCCAAGAUUGACCCGCCCGCGCUGCCUUUCAAGUCGGUCGGCCCUGGGAGCGACCAGCUCAACUAUGGCAAGGUCUACUCGGGCCUGUACGAGUACGAGGGUAACGUGGUUCCGUACAUGGUCGUCGUCAAGGUCGGCAAGGAGUCGGAGCAGGCCAAGUCCAAGCCCGGAAACCGCGGCAAGCGUGACUCCCAGAUCCUACUCAUGAGCUUCCUCAAUCGUGUCCACCACCGUUCCCCCAUGAGCCCUCUCGAGCUCGAGAUGUUCCACCAGAUCAACAACGUCAUCGGCGUCGACCCGGAGCUCUACGAGUACCUCCUCAUGGUCGACGCCGACACCAGCGUCAACGAGGAUUCGGUCAACCGUCUCAUCGCCGCCUGCACCCACGACUCCAAGAUUGCCGGUAUCUGCGGCGAGACUAGUCUCGAGAACACGGACAAGUCGUGGUGGACCAUGAUCCAGGUCUAUGAGUAUUUUAUCUCUCAUCACUUGUCCAAGGCAUUUGAGUCUCUCUUUGGCAGUGUUUCUUGUCUUCCCGGAUGUUUCUGCAUGUACCGACUACGGACUGUCGACAAGGGCAAGCCUCUGAUCAUUUCGGACGAUAUCAUCAGGGAUUAUAGUGUCUGCGACGUAGACACGCUCCACAAGAAGAACCUGCUGUCCCUCGGUGAGGAUCGUUACCUCACGACGCUCAUGAUCAAGUACUUCCCUCAGAUGUCAUACAAGUUUGUCCCCCACGCAAAGUGUCAGACUGCCGCGCCGGACUCUUGGAGUAUCCUGCUCUCCCAGCGACGCCGAUGGAUCAACUCUACCGUUCACAAUCUGGUCGAGAUGAUUCGUCUCAAGGAGCUGUGCGGAUUCUGCUGCUUCUCUAUGCGCUUCGUCGUGUUUGUCGACCUCUUCGGUACCAUCAUCCUACCCUCGGCCUGCAUCUACCUCGUCUACCUCAUCUACCUGAUGGCGAGUGGCACGGGCCCGUUCCCCCUCAUUACGAUUGUCAUGCUGGCGGCCGUGUACGGUCUGCAGGCGCUCAUCUUCAUCCUCAAGAGGCAGUGGCAGCACAUUGGUUGGAUGAUCAUCUACAUCCUAGCCUUCCCCAUCUACUCCUUCAUCCUACCCAUCUAUUCGUUCUGGAACAUGGACAACUUCAGCUGGGGUAACACGCGUGUCGUGGUGGGAGAGAAGGGAGACAAGAGGAUCAUCGCCGUCGAAGACGAGCCCUUUGACCCGCGCUCCAUCCCCCUGCAGCGCUGGGACGACUACGCCCUGGCCAACAACCUGCCCGGCCGCCGCGGCGGCUACCGCGACGAGCCCGAGAUGCUAGACCCCUACGAGAUGGAAGAGAUGAAGUCGGUCUACUCUGCCGGACCGCCCGGGUCCAUCGUGACGGGGGUGCCCCUGCGUAACUCAUAUAUGCCGGCCCCGCAGCACUCGCCCGGUCUCUUCGGCGCGUCCAACUCGAACCAGAAUCUGAACAACCAGAACAGGGCAUCGACGGUCAUGAGCCACUACCAGGACCACCCGACGAUGCAGAACCGCCAGUCGAUGAUGUCGAUGGGAACCGGCAUCCACGACAACAACCGCAGCCAGUCACCCUACCAGGACCACGUGGCGACGCAGCCCAGCAUGAGCAAACGUCUCUCCACGGGGACCCUCGGGUUUGCGGGUGGACGCCGGUCCCCUAUGAUGCCCGACGCCAUGCAGUCGACGCAGUCGUUUGACUUCCAGCGCGAGCGCGGCUCGGGGCCCGACGACAACACGAUUAUCGAGUGCAUCCAGAGCAUCAUGGCAGAGGUUGACCUCGACACAGUGACCAAGAAGCAGCUGCGUGCGUUUGUCGAGCAGCGUCUACAGACGGAGUUGAAUGGUGAGAGGAGAACGUUUUUGGAUAAGCAGAUUGAUCAGGAGCUACAGAAAUUGUAG